AUGCCACCGCAAGAAGUUGGGAAAAUAUGGACAUUGAUUAUGGAUCAAUUUCAAGAUAUUGAGCAUAUUGAGGUAUUUUACAAUUAUGUAACAAGUACGUGGGUAAUGAUAACAAAUAAUAGUUUAGAAGGUUGGCAUCAUCGUUUAAAUAUUGAUUUAAAUCAUAUUAUACAUCCACAUUUUUAUAUGUUUAUUCGUGCUAUUCAAAACGAUUAUGCAUAUAAUUCAGCCAUAUCAUCACGUCAUACAGCCACUGAUACAAUACCACCAAGAAAAAAGUUAUUUGUGAAUCGAAAUGCACGAUUACACGAUUUAGAAAAUCGUUAUAAAUAA